AUGUCGAAUCUAGCCACGGAUGCAGUGAGAGGUACAGAGCUUCAGGCGAUCAAGUCAGAGUUGACUCAGAUUAAAACCAACAUCGAAGCUUUGCUGGGCAGACUGGAGCAGAUCACAGAAGACACACACAUCACCGCCACAGAACGGCGGAAGGCCGACCAGUGUAAACACGAGGAGGCGUGGCAGGAAGGGGAGGAGUCGAGCUCAGAGCUGGAUGACGAGGACGAGGAGCAGAGACAGAACAGCGAAGCUGAGGAGGAGGAGGAGGAGAAGGAGGAAGAAGAAGAGGACGAGGAGGAAGAGGAGGAGGGAGAGCACACACAAGACGACGCCCAGGACCACAUGGAGAACGGUCGCCUACCUUCAGAGCUGGACUCCAUUCACCCGUGAGACGUAGUGAGGCCUGUGGAGGACGAGUCGCACGGAGAAGGAGAGAGAGCGAGAGAGAGAAGGAGAGAGAGAGCAGGAGAGAGAGAGAAGCAUAAGGAAACAGAAACGCCAUCAAACAGCAGGGAGCUCGACCGUUACACUCACACUCACUCACUUUUUCCUCCACACACACUUGUCUCACUUCACUCGUGAGGACGGUCAUUGACGAAUUACAUUCCCGACCCGCUUACCCUCAAACACGCUUUUGAAGUUUGCGAGGACCUGUCAACGUGUCCUAUGUCAACCACCUACACACACACACUCACACACACUCACACACACACACACACACACACGCACACACACACACACACACACCUGCAGAGACGGACCUGACACUUUAUCAGAGCAACAGGAAGAUACUAAAACAGCAGGGUAUUGACAGAACACAUCAUAAAGGGAUGAGUUAUACAUACUAACACCCGUGCACACACACACACACACACACACACACGCACGCACACGCACAGGGAAAAACACAAAGUGGAGGAGACACUCGGAGCCACAGGGAGACAGUUAAACAGCAGGCUGCUGCCAACAUGCAUCUUAAUCUGACCAAGUUUAAACUCACGAGCCGAAGCUCAUCAGAGCGUCGUCGGCUGCUUCGCACGACGUAAAGCAACAAACCGAGGCAGAGCAGGACAUCGAUUUAAAAAAAAAAAAAUUUUUCAUGGCAAAUUCUUUUGAAAUUAAAAUCUGGAACAUGCAUCGAAUAAAAAAAUGUAAAAUAAAAAUAUAAAACGUGCCUUAAAGUUGAGCUUCAGUCGCCACGAAAAGCAUUUCACUUAAAUCUGAUGCAUCUGUGAUGAUAUUGAAUUCAUCCCCAGAUCUCAAGCAGCAUAUUAACCCACAGAAUACCAUCGAGACAGAUUGUUAAUGACACAACCUGUUUUUACAGCGUCGUUUUCACGACUGUAGGUGUUAAUUAUCAGAUCAUUAACAAACAAUAAUCACAUUGUAAAAUCUUCAACACUUACAAUAAAUGAUUUUCUUAAAAUUGGAGCCGGGGCCUUAUAAAAAAAAGG